GCUGAUAAGACAAGCAGCUCCUCUAAUACAGUAUAUAGAGGCAGAGUGACUGACAAACCUCGUUUAUUCAGUCCCUGCGCAGACACCAUGGCUGACUCGUCAUGGGAGAAGAAAGUGCUCCUGAUCGAUCCCUCACUGGUGUUCCGACCGGAGGAGGUGGUGAAGAAAUCUGGAUGGGGAUUCCGACACUUCCAGAGCUCAGACGACCCUAAGUUCGAAAUGGUGAAGGAAACGUAUAUGAAGAUGCAUACUGAACAGUGCGUGGAUUAUGUGAAGAGGAAGCACAACUACUGGGGUAAGUUUGACAAGUUCGAGGCUACAGUGUUGGGCCUGGAGAAACUGAACAACUUGAUUGAUAAGAGUGAUCCAGAUGUGGAUAUCCCCAAUAUUGUUCACGCCUUCCAGACCGCUGAACGCAUCCGUCAGGCUCACCCGAAGAAUUGGUUCCAUCUAACUGGUCUUAUCCAUGACUUAGGCAAGGUGAUGGUGUUCUACGGAGAGCCACAGUGGUCAACAGUAAACGACACAUUCCCAUGAGGUUGUGAGUUUGGGGAGUCGAUAGUCUACCGUCACACUACCUUCCACGACAAUCCUGACCAUCACAACCCCAAGUUUAAUACUAAAUAUGGCAUGUACGAACCCAACUGUGGCCUGAAGAAUGUGUACAUCUCGUGGGGCCAUGAUGAGUACAUGUACCAAGUAUUGAAGCACAAUAAGUGUACAUUGCCUAGGGAAGGUCUCUUUAUGAUCAGGUUCCACUCCUUCUACCCCUGGCAUACUGGGGGUGACUACAUGCACCUGUGUGACAAUCGUGACCUGGAGAUGCUACCUUGGAUCACAGAGUUCAACAAGUUUGACCUGUACACAAAAAAAGAAGAGAUUCCUAAUAUUGAGGAGCUGCUCCCAUACUAUCAGUCCCUCAUAGACAAGUACUGUCCAGGCAAGCUCAAGUGGUAGCUCUUGACAACACUGCAAGUAGAUGUGUGAAAAGAACAGAAGAAGGAAAUAGGAGGAGUGAGGAAAACAUGUUGACGGUGCAGAGCGACGGCAGGAAGGUGUUGUGGACGGGACCAAACCUUAGCCUCAUGGUUUACUUCUUCUGUGGUUCUUAAAAUGUCAAGUUUAUCAGUAGAUAUUUAGGAACACAGACUGUGUACAGAGGUGAGAAGUGUUCUGCUUUGAACAACAAUAGUGAAUAAUUGUUGAGACAUGUUAAUAGUGGCGUUUGGCCUUUGUUAAUGUAUUAAGGUAGCAGAACAUUAUACUGUACUGUAGCUUCUGUAAAAACUUCUAAAUAUAA